AUGGAUCAAAAAUAUCAUGUUAAUUGUACUUCCUUUCAUCUCUUAUCCAAAUAUUAAAUAAGCAUCGGAAUUUUUGUAUCAUAGCUCAUAUCGAUCGUGGAAAGUCUACUUUAGCAGAUCGAUUCCUAGAAAUCACAGGGACAAUUUAGCAAAGGGAAACAUGAGUAAUAUUUGGAUAAAUUGGAAGUUUAAAAAGAAAGAGGAAUUACUGUUAAAGCAUAAUCAGCAGAUAUGUUUUAUAAGGUGGAUGGAAUAGAGUAUCUGUAUAAUUUGAUUGAUACCCCUGGACAUGUCGAUUUUACAUAUGAAGUGUCACGUUAAAUGGGAGCUUGUGAAGGCGCAAUCAUAUUGAUUGAUGCAACUCAAGGAAUCUAAGCGUAAAUGCUAUCUAAUUAUAUUUUGGCUAAGAAGUAGAAUUUAAAGAUUAUACCCGUUAUCAAUAAAUAGAUAUGA